AUGUUGCAACGCACAAUUUUUAGACAGCGCCGCGCUGUGGCCUCCGCAGUAUCCAGAUCCGCAUUUCCGCCAUCUUCGGCACUGAGACAGACCUCACCCUUCCAACAGCUAUCUUCAAAACAAUCUUCCUUCAGGACGGUGCCUCGCUACUAUUCUACAGAAAAUGGAGCAAACAAAGAAGAUGCCAAGAAGGAGAACGACGAAGCUGCUACCGAGACUCCUGAGGAAUCUCUCAAGAAGGAGCUGGAAGCAAAGAACAAGGAAGUUGUCGAUUUGAAGGACAAAUACCUUCGUUCUGUUGCCGACUUCCGAAAUCUCCAAGAGCGCACUAAGCGUGACAUGGACAAUGCUCGUACUUUUGCUAUUCAAAAGUUCGCCGUCGAUCUCCUCGAGUCAAUUGAUAACUUCGAUCGUGCUCUCUCCGUUGUUCCAGCUGAUAAGCUCACUGCCGAGCAAGCUGAGGCCAACAAGGACCUUCAAGAUCUUCACCAGGGCCUGAAGAUGACCGAGAACAUCUUGAUGGCCACACUCAAGAAGCACGGACUAGAACGCUUUGAUCCCUCGGAGAAUGCGGACGGCAAGAAUGCAAAGUUCGACCCCAAGCUUCAUGAAGCAACAUUCAUGGCUAAGAUGGAGGGCAAGGAGAAUGGGGACAUUAUGUUUGUCCAAAGCAAGGGUUACAGUUUGAACGGUCGCAUAUUGCGGGCCGCCAAAGUCGGUGUCGUCAAGAACGAUUAA